AUGCAUAGAUCAUCUCUUGGAGGGGACGGCUUUAGGUUUAGUCCCUGCGAUAGGGAAUGCAUAGAUCAUCUCUUGGGUUCGUUCAUCAAGAAAUCUCUUCUUCCCUCCCACGGCUUCAUCUCCAUAGCCGACCUCUACGGUCAAACGGAGCCUUGGGAGCUGUUUGAAGAUUCACAGAAAGUCGGCGCCAAGAAGGGAAGGAGUUACCAGCGCUACUCGAAGGACGUCGGGGCCGGCGGGAAUUGGUCGAACAAAGGCCAGAAAUCCGACAUCAUCGGCCACGCCCGAACCUUCCGCUACCAGCCCAGAAACUCGGACGACGUGGGGCCCACGCGCGGCGAGUGGGCCCUGAAAGAGUACUCCUUUCCGGACUCCACGUCUCUCAGGGUUGACGAUGACAGGCGGGACUACGUUCUGUGCGUCCUCAAGAAGAAGAAGGAGAAGACCCCAACAACUACAACUACUGUCCAUCCGCGGGAUUGUGAUUGCAUCGAAUACCUCCAGGGUUUCAUCGCAGGGAAUCCUCUUCCCUCCCACGGCUUCAUCUCCAUAGCCGACAUCUACGGCCAAACGGAGCCUUGGGAGCUGUCCGCAGAUUCCCAGGUAAAAGACGGCGGCUGUCGUUAUUUCUUCACCAAACUCAAGAAAGUCGGCGCCAAGAAAGGAAGGAGUUACCAGCGCUACUCGAGGAACGUUGGGUGCGGCGGGCAUUGGUCGAACAAAGGGCAGAAAUCCGACAUCAUCGGCCACGCUCGAACUUUCCGCUACCAGCCUAGAAACUCGGACGACGUGGGACCCACGCACGGCGAGUGGGCCCUGAAGGAGUACUCCCAUCCGGGAUCCACAUCUCUCAGGGUUGACGAGGACAGGCGGGACUACGUUCUGUGCGUACUGAAGAAGAAGAAGGAGAAGACCACAACAACUAAAACUACAGGACGUGGUGUUGUCCAAGCCGUCGAAGCAGAUCUGGGCUACCUAAGGGCCACGCUGGCACCCACGUCACCGGGCAAGGGUCAUGUGGGGUCGCUUGACUAUCCAACAACAGGUGGGCAAGUGGUGUGGCCGUCGGAUAUCGAGAGGUGGCUGAAUGAUGAUGAGGUUUUGGAGGGCGAUUCUUUUGACUCGAGUGACGUGGAUAAUUGGUUGCAUGCGAAUGGGUUCCAUUGGUCGAGUGAUUUGCCCAUAAUUGCUAGCUAG